GAAAGUGUACAGAAGCUUAUAACACUCUACUUUGAGCAGUUAACACGAGGCUGUGGUCACGAGAAUUGCACUAAUUAUGAUUGUGCUAAUGGCAAGAGUAAAAGAAUGGAACCCUCUCAAGCUGCUGCAAUUGCUCUUUUGCUUGCAGCAAAGGGUACUUCAAAGCUCUGUAAAAGAUCUGCACUACCUGAAAGCCAGUUAAAAACGGAUGGCUCGAUAACUAAUUUUUGGACAAAAUGGUCUUCCCUUUUGCAAAGAAGUGUGUGUAAAAACACAGUUAACACAUCAUUAUCAGCUAAGCACACUUCAGAUCAAUUAACAAGAUAUGAUUCAGAUGGCCGCCCAGAAGCAUGCCCAUUUUCAAAUUUGGAUGAUGCCCUACAUUGGAUUCCAGGCCGUGAUGAUUUGUGCGUCCCCAGCAUCCCACUGACUGCUUCAGUAAAACCAGCAAGAGACCCUUCUUCACCAAAAUUACUUAUCUGUCAUGACAUGAUGGGUGGGUAUCAGAAGGAUCGUUUUGUUCAAGGUCACAGUCUGUUUGAAGACUACUACUUCUACCACUGGGCACUCAUUGAAGGUUUCAUCUACUUCAGUCACCAGUUCUUGUCCAUUCCACCUCCUGGCUGGAUUAAUGCUGCCCAUCGAAAUGGAAAAGUUGCACUUGGAACAAUGAUAACUGAGUGGAAAGAUGGUGCAACAUUGUGUGCGGAACUACUAAGUAGUAAGGAAUCAGUCGUGCAAUUAGCUCAGCAAAUGGUAACGAUGGCACUGUAUUAUCACUUUGACGGCUGGUUAGUCAACAUCGAAAAUCAUAUCAAUUCUGCUCUGAUGGACAACUUGUUUACAUUUCUGUCUCUACUUACCACUGGUAUGCACAAUGCUCUACCAUGGUCAAAGGUUAUUUGGUAUGACAGUGUAACUGUUGAUGGAAAUCUCAAGUGGCAAAAUGCUCUAAAUAAGAUGAAUCAGCCUUUUUUUGAACUUUGCGACGGAAUAUUCCUCAACUACCUAUGGAAAGUGCCUCUACUCUAUGCCACUGCUACCUUUGCUGGUCAUAGGAGGGGAGAUGUGUAUGUGGGAAUAGAUGUGUUUGGAAGAAAAUGCUAUGGUGAUGGAGGGUACAACACAAAUAAGGCUUUAGCAGUUAUCAAGCAAGCAUCUCUGUCAGCUGCUGUGUUUGCUCCCGGUUGGGUGUAUGAAACUCAACCAAAGACACAAUUCUUUCAUAACCAAGACAAGUUCUGGUUGUUACUGGAACCUUACUGUCCAGUUGGUGAGCCGCAUGCUCUACCCAUGGUUUCAUCCUUCAGUCGUGGAUGUGGGGAGAUGAUGUUUGUUGAUGGGGUGCUUGUGCACCUUGGUCACUGGAGCAACCUCAGUGCUCAGGACCUUCAGCCAAGUUUUUUUUCUACCAUGCUCAGAAAUGAUGUCAAGUGUGGGGUUCAUCUGGAGAGUUGCUCUGUUGACAAUAGUGUUGCAUACUAUGGAGGGAGCAGCUUGAGAAUCAGUGGAAAGCUGAUGACUUUGAAAAGUAAUCUUCCAGCAUCUUUAAGGUUAUUUCGCACAGAAAUUGAUUCAACUCCACUUCUUGUUUCCUAUUCUGUUUUGAAGGAUGACUACCAUUCAUCAGUGUCACAUUUUCUGCAGUUGCAGUGUACUGGCAAUGUACUUUUAUUGGAUCCAUAUGACCAUUGCACAGGUACAUAUCGACGGCAGUCCGUGGGCAGUUAGAUGAUUGAGCAGCUGGUCGAAGGAAAUAGUGCCACGCAGGGUCGCAAAGUCAACUUAAGCAUGAACAAGCAAAAGGGGAAGGUGAAGUGUAUGGUCUUCCAGUUUCGGGGGAAUUACCUCUCCCUGAUGGCUGGCCCACCCUGUCACUCUGCCGACUCGGUGCCAUUCCCUCACCACAUAGCAACCUUUUACACAAGACAUUUACUGGAAAUGAACAUCCUUCUGAAAAGUGGAACACUGAGUAUUUUAUCAUUUCCAAAGCCUACUUGAAGGGAGCAUUGACUACAAUAGGCCUUGCAGUAAUGCCUUCAUUAAAAUAUAAUGUACACCAGUCACAUGACUUCAAACUUAAUCUUGGAGAGUUAAAGGUUAGUUUACUGUCUUGUAAGUGUUGUCAUAUCAGCUACAUUAAGAUGAAAGACAACAAACAAACAAAUGAAAAAGCACUAAGUGCAAACCCUCGGCGAACUGCACAUGUGCGGUAUCGCUAAUUGAUGGGCUGGGCUAUUAGUAUGCGUUUACUCGUGGUCUCCACGCUAGUAGCUCGAAGAGAGUCUGACACAGGCUAGCUACAGCAGUAGAUAGUAUGCGGGAAUCGAUACACGCCCUUCGUUGUGACUUAUUGUGCCUUCAAGAUACACAAAGUGAGACGUCGUGGAACUGGCUGACUGAGUGACUGACUGACAGA